AUGGCGGCUCCAGUGAACAUCGACGUCCCCAAGCUUAUAUUAGACAAUGGAGGGGGGCUGAUCAAGGGAGGCAUCCUGCCAUGCUAUUCCCAGAUAAAGGAUUCCCAGUGUAGCGAAAUAGAACCCAAGUUCAUAGUCCCCAAUUGCGUUGGACAAGUGAGAAAGAAAAACAUGAUCCACAUAAGUGACAGCUGCCACAGCAUAUGUGAGUACUUCUGCCACAGACCCCAUGUGGAUGGGUUGCUAAUGGAUUUGGAAAUGCAGACGAAGAUCUGGGAGAAAAUUUUCUCUUGCAAGCAGACUGUUGGGUUAAAAAUAAAAGACAUGGCUAUAUGUAUUACGGAGUCCUAUCUCACUCCAGCGUACAUAAGACAGGGAGUUAUAGAGCUUCUAUUCGAAUACUUUAAUUUUAAUCAAAUUGUCGUUGUGUCCUCUCAGACGAUGCUUCCUUUUUCUUUCAUUGGACUUAACUUGGGACAGUAUGAUAUUUUAAACCCCCCAAUUUUCUCCAACCGUAGUGCGAGGGGCAGGAAGGGUGAGUCAUCCAAGAGGGGGAGGAGAGGAAGUAAAUCCAUGAAGGGGAAGAACAACAGUCCGAAGGAUGACGUAAAUGAGGAGGGAGAUGGAAAUUGUCCUAAUAAUCAUGCCCAUUUGAAGGGUGAGGUAGAUAAAUGGCUACCUGGUGAAUUGCAGGACGAGUGGGAAGAGGAGGAGGUAGAGGGAGGAGUAGGAGUGGGCAUUUCCAGCCUCAGCGACGUCUUCAGUGAGGUUAAGAAUGAGCAGAAUGGCGUGCCGCACGAUGCAUGUAGCAGUACCCCCCAGGAGAACGAUGUACCACCUGAACAGGAUGAGCCUCCCGCCCAAAACAGCGUAUUAACGAACAGACAAUUCUUCGUAAAAAACAUCGAAUGUUACAAUAAGUACACCCACCGAGUUUACCUGGAGGAAAGAUUCCGAGGAGAUAACUGGCAGGAGUACCACUUUGGUCGCUUUUUCAAUUGUGGCGGUGGGCAUUUCUCCAAUAAUGGCGUGGUGCGCACGUUACAGAGCAACAACUAUUUAGGGAAUAAUUUCAUCGUCCAGGACCCCAAUUUUUUACUACCCGACGAAAUAGAUCUGCAGAACAGGUACUAUGAACCCAACUUUAGGGACCUGCAUAACUUCCAAAGCUAUUUUAGCAGCACCUAUGUGGACAGCUUCUACAGUGAAGUCCUGAACGGGAACUACAAUUUAUCUCUGAGGAAUCCCUGCGCUUUGUAUGUAGAUGUAGGGUUCUCUCACACGUAUGUGCUACCCUACAUCGAGUAUAAGCUCAUUGAAUACGCCAUUCUAAGGACGAAGGUUUCUGCUUCUAUCUUAAACACUUACCUGAAAAAUGUCCUCUCUUACAAGCACGUGAAUUUGGAACAUAAUGAGCUGCUUGUGGAAAACAUAAAGGAGAGGGCCUGCUACGUGUCAUUGGACUAUGAGCAGGAUUUAGAGAACGAGAAGAGACGCCUGGAGGAGAUUAAGCGGCAGCGAAUUGCAGACAAACUGGGUGCACGGGAGGAGCUGCUACUGAAGGAGGAGGCAGCCAAGACGAAGGGACAGUCACGGGGGGAAGAGGAGAAUCUCAAGAGGCAAACCGGCGAGGGAGAGGACGCUUCUGAGAACGGCCUCCCCAACGGGGCACCCGUAGAGGGAGAGGUACCCUAUGGGGUGGGACACGGAAAGGGGAAAAUCAAAUUGGAGCAAGUCAAUUCCAGUUGCAAAGACGAGGAAAACCCCACUGUGGGUCAUUUCGCUCCGAAAGGUGGUGCCCCCAAAAAGGAAAAGCGAACGAAGCCGCACCUCUUCUACAGUUACAAGCUAAUCGAUUACAACAACGCGUCGAAGAGGGAGAUCAGCGAAGUGUACGACACGCUGAGGACAAACUGCUCCAACGAUUGCAUUUAUGUGGACUCCGACUGCGAUGACCAGAUGGAGUUUGCCAACUAUUCGGAAGGUAGUGAUAUGGGGAAACCAGAACAGAGUAAAGAAAAAGGGGGUAAGCCCGAUCAGAGGUGCCACGACGGAAACGCUGAAAGUAGUCAACACGAGGGUGAUCUCCAUAGAAGAGCAUUCCCAAACGAUCUUAGCGUAAAGGGAAGGCACACAGAAACGGAGAACAGAAACGACAUAAUAAAUUUAACGAAUGAACGAAUAGGAAUUCCAGAGGUUCUUUUUAACCCGAAAGACAUAAACGUGGAACACUGCAGCAUCGUGGAGCUGAUCUACAGGUGCAUCUCAUUACUCCCUAAGGAAAUCCAGAGGUACUUCCUUGCCCAGAUAUACGUCUCAGGAGGUUCUACUAAAUUCAAGAAUUUCAAACACAGAUUGUACAAGGAGCUGCGUGCUAUGUUCCCCAGCGAGUGGGAGAUUAACAUUUAUUCUCACCGGAAUAGUCUAUACAGCAACUACAUUGGUACCUACGUCUGGCUGAGCGAUCACAACAUUUACAACUAUAACGUGAUAACCAGGGAGCAGUACUUCAACCACGGUAGGGGUGCCUAG